AUUGCAACAUUUGUAGGCACAGAAGAACCUCAGUCAUUUGAUGCUCUCGCCUCCAAGGCUAGUAAUGUUGAAAGACAAAUAGCUCGACAAAAGAAUGUGCCUCAAAAGUCUCGAAUGACUCAAGAAAAGAACUUUGAUAGUGAAAAUCCUGUAAAUAAAAAAGAGGCCAUGCCUACUUUUCUCAAAGUCGACAAAAAGAAAGGAAAUGACAAAAGAAAAGAAAUCUCCCAAAAAGGAAAAGAAACUUCCAGAAAUCUGUCUUUAAAAGAAAGGAAAGAAGUCAAAUACACUUUUGAAGAUGAUGAUGUCGAAUAG